AUAUGGCGGACUUCGUAAUGGUUUAUUUUCAUCUUGUAGCUGCUUUUAUAAUUGAUAUUAUUGCUCUUCAGCACAAAAUUUUUGCCCAAGGAAGUAUCGAGGCUACGCAAGCUAUUCAAGUUACAGUUUCAAGUACACAAUCAGUUGCAAUUUUAAUGUCAGUUUCGCCUACACAAACAGCAACUGAGAACGGUUCAUCACAAAUUGAUUUGCAGAUUUUUGAGUGUCCUGAUGGACAUUACUGUCGUGAUCUCGGUGCUUCUUGCAUUAAUUGUACUAUGAACUAUUCGUGUAUAUAUGGGAAAGACACAGAAGCACAAUGUGUGGUGUACAGCUCGAUCAAAUGCAGGGGACCUCGAACUUUCAAGAAAAUUUACACCUGCAAGUACUGUUAUCAACUGCAAACUAAUCGAUAUGAAUGUGAAAAACAGUCAGGCUGCAAGGUGGUUUCCAGUCCAAGAGAAAGGUACAAAACAAACUGUACUGUAAAGGACGACGUCCUCUGUCUUGGUAAUCGUACAUUCUCAAAAUCACUGUUGUGUAACUGGACAUCAGGAUACAGGUGGUCAACUGCUGUAUUAUUAAGCUUGACUCUAGGGGGCUUUGGUGUGGAUCGCUUUUAUUUGGGACAUUGGAGAGAGGGUCUUGGAAAGCUGUUUAGCUUUGGGGGCCUUGGAGUAUGGACCCUUGUGGACCUUAUACUCAUCAUUAUAGGAUAUGUUGGACCAGAGGAUGGUUCACUCUACAUAUUUUAGUCUUGGAAGGAAAGCAUUUCUGCAAGCAAUGAAAAAGCUGUUCAGUCUUGAAGCCCUUGGAGUGUAGACAUUUUUGGACCUUAUGGAUGGGUAGGACCAGAGGAUGUUUCUCACCUAACAUUCUUGACUGAUAUGGGACACACUGCUUGUGUGGUGCAAAGGCUUUGAAAUGUGGGCAUGAUUGGGCCUUCUGAGAUUUGGUGCCAUCUUAAUAGUCUGCAACAUACAAGUCCAUUACAUUCCCCAUGGAUGGUUAGUGUCUAAAGUAAAUUAAGGCAGCUCUGCAAGUGGAAAGGGAUCCAUAAAUGUGGUACCUUAUUUUGCAUUAUGAGGACUUGCUGCAGUAACGUCUCAGGACAAAAUUGCAUGUUGAGUAUAAGUACCAUCUCUUUACUUGUGUUACAUUAAACUCUACUCAGAAAACUAGAACUACUGGCCUCAGAAUUGCUGUUGUAUUUUUAUUAUGUGCUCUCAUGCCACUAUACAGCCAUUUCAUGGAAGACUUAGAUGACUUGUACUACUGCCAUGCUUGGUCAUUUAAGAGAGCAUUUUUGUCAACGCUUAGUGUGAAAUGUUAGGCAUCACUUUAUUUGCUUUGAUUUGCCAUGAGAAAGAAUCAUAUUGCCCUUUCUAAGCUGAAAAAGGUGUGGCAGAAAAUGAAGACAAUAGUUAAUGCUUAUACACUCUUUUUGUUGCCCAAUAACUGUUUUUGAAAGUGCAAUGAGUAGCUCCGACACUAAAGCUUAGAUUUAUUUGGUACCACAGACAUUAAACGGUUUAGUUUUAGGUGGCAAAUAUACAUUGAAUAUUGUUGUAAAGGGAGGAGGAUAAUUGUUGUAACCUGCUCUAUAAUGAACAGGCCAGAAUUUUGAGUUAUGUGUCAACCUACUUGUAAUUAUGGAAUUGCAUUGACCACCAAUUUCAGAGAA